UGUCUUUAAAGGCUUUUAAAUCAGCCCAGUUCAAGUUUAUCCCACGUGUUUUUAAGGUUUUCCGUUAUUUAACCGUGUAAAUUAUGCUGUGCCAAUAGGGAAUUGAUGGUGUCCCAUAGUGUUUACGACAAGCAAACAGCGCUAUAUCCCUGAUUCUUUUUUGGUCUCGAUUUACCUGUGGUGGUUAUUGUGGCUGCUCAAUCUUCCCCAUACUCUUGGAUUAGCCAUCUUUAUCCGAAUUCGCUAUCCAGUCGAAAUUGUGUGGCAGGCUGAUUUUGCCGCGUCUACGGGAGCAUCUCCUUAACCGUUCAGCAUCUGCCAACCUUGGAUUCCAGCCCCGAGAGUGUGCAUGUAAACGGAAAAAAUUAGCCAUCCGGGAAAGAAUAAAACAAGCUGAACGGAUAAAACCAUAAGUUGCACACUGGGCAAUCCGCUACACGAUAACACCGCGGAGUAACUUCCUGCCUCUUGAUCAUCCGUCAGCGCUCGGAUUGUUUCUCGCUCACCUAUCGGUUUCCACCGGAAUCGUCUGACUGAUCAGUGCCGGCCGUUCCUCGCUCCGCAGUCUCUGUCCAAGCCAGCUCCUUCCGGUAGUGCGGGGGUAUUGCGGUAACUGACUUUUACAGUUGGUUCAGCAAUCCCAGCAUCGCCUCCUGCCCUCUUCGCCGCGACGUGUCCGUGCCGUAUUCCAGCCACCUGCUGUCCUGCACCUCUCCAUCAGGGACCAGUUGCCGAUUGAUGCGUUGUGGCAACUGACUAACCGUUGGUUUAGCAGCGCAUCGGUCGGUGUGCCACCGCCUGCAGUCCGCGUAACUGACUCACAAUCGGUUUACCGGACAGAGACUGCUACCUGACUGAUAAAGUUGGGUGGUAGUAGUGCAGGCGUCGCGACCUGGACUCGCCGCUGUGACGGACGGACGGACAAACGGGUAGCCUUCCAUAUCCUCCCCGGAAGUGUACGCCUUUUUGCAGGUAGUAGCUGCUGCGUUAUGGAGUCAGAACUGUUGCCCAUCGACACGUUGGGGGACGAACACAUCCCAAUUCCAGAUGCUGAAGCCGCGAACUGCGAUUACCUGGUCCAUCCGCGUCCACCUCUUGAGGAACACGAAUCCCAAUACCGCUUCUUGAGCGAAGAAGCAUUCACGAAGCUGAAGCGCCUCAACAGUACUGACGUUGUGGGCGAAUAUGGACAGGUGAAGGUCGUUGUCGGAACAGAUUCCCAGGGCCGCCGUACGCUCCUUGUCACGGACAGCUGGAUCAAGUCCGGGAAGAGCUGGCGCCAUUCGACCACCGUAGUAUACCGCCGCUACCCAACCAUUGCGAAGCGCGAUGCCCUAUUCCACGUGGAGGCCGGGGCCACCUUCAACCAAGUCCUGUGGAACAUGAUCCAGCUGGCCCGCGAGCACUACGGGACUGCGCUGCCUCCUGCCGACCGUCGGAAGAAGCUCAUUCUCCUUGCCGGCACUAACGAUGUGAAGAAUUUCUGGUACGGGAAGCGCUUAAGUACUACCCAUCACCACAAGCCGGCAUCCGACAUAAUCACCCAAUUAAAUGCUGUUAAAAACGCCCUGCAGCAUUAUUAUAGCCCAAUUUUUGUGAUGCAAGUGCCGGAGACCGAGAUCAACCGACCCCACUGCAAUAUCGCCAUCCGCUAUAUCAACGAGAGCCUGCGGAAGUUUUGCGUGGAGGGCGAAAAUGCCCGGAACAACUGGCAUUUCAUCAACAUGCCUGCCUUCGAGCUUGGGAAUGUCGCCAUCCAUAAGGACAAGUUCCUGCACACAGAUAAAGUGCAUAUUGCUCCCGCCAUGGGCGAUCGGCUGUACAUUGCCAUGUAUAGAGCCAUUGAGCGCGUCGCCCAAAAGCGUACAGCCGAACUGCAGGCGAGAAAACGGGCGCAGCGUGAGGCAGCGGAGAAGCACCAAGUGGCGGAGCGGGUCGAGGGGGAGCAGAAGGCGGCAGAUGAGCGAGCUGCCCGGGCAAAAAAGGAAAAGGAAGAGCGGGAAGCGCAGGAGCAGAGGGAUGCGGAUGAGCGAGCACGGCGGGAGAAGAAAGCGGCCGAUGAGCGAGCGGCUGAGGCGCGGAAGGAUGCUGAUGAGCGCGCCGCCAAAGAGCGGAAGGAAUCCGAGGAGAAGCACAAAGCUGCCGUCCGUGCCCACCGUGCCGAGAAGCAGCGGAAAGAGCGGCAGACCGUGGCCAAGAACGGGAGUAACAUUGGCACAGGUCUCCGCAAUGAUCGGCGCAAGAAAAAGAAGGUCAACGAGAAGAAGCAGCAGCAGUAGUAAGAUCUGAUGGUGAAGGAUGGACCAGCGGAGAGUGGAAUGAAGAUUUGGAUUUGUGUUAAAACCUUUGUUUCCUGAUUCUUUUCCAUGCUAACGUUGAUGAUGUGUAUCUUGUUCAUGGCUGAUUGGUAUAGAUUUCUAAUAACAGUUAUUAGUUUUUUGAUUGUUUUGUUUUUAAUACUGGGCUGUAUGUAAUUCUUUGUUCAAAACAAGAAUGUGU